AUGGCAUUUACAGUACUUUGUUCAUUCGUAUUAGCUUUUUAUGUAGUAAUAUGGUUUUUUAAUUCUCUAUUCAAGAGUUGUAUGCAUUAUCCUUAUUAUGCAUUCUUGGAGGGGACCGGUUUGAAAAUUGGAGUAUUUAAUUUUUCGUGGACAACCACUGCUUUUAACAGAUCUCUUUAUAGAUGGAGCAAAAACCUUACUAGGUUGCUUAGGAAGUGGUUUACUUGUGGUUAUUUAUUCACUGUGUGGCUGUUUCUACCGUUUUCAUUAUGGAUACUACUCACAUUUAUUUUUGAACAUUUUUAUGAAACCAUACAAAUUAACAGUAUGCCUGAAAUUAGGGGUGUGUUACCUGGCGUUAAUAUUCCUACUUCCGAUUUCUGGGUUUACUUGCUAGCAAUAGGAAUGAGUAGCAUUUUUCAUGAGCUUGGUCAUGCCUUGGCUGCUGCCCAGGAAGAUGUUCAAUUAAUUGCUGUUGGUGUGUAUGUUUUUACAAUAAUUCCUAUAGCUUUUGUGCAGUUGAAUACAGAACAUUUGAACAGCCUAGCUAUAACAAAAAGAUUAAGAAUUUAUUGUGCAGGAGUGUGGCACAAUGUUGUGAUGGCUUUUAUGGCCAUGUUACUUUUCUUCUCUGCACCUAUUUUAUUUAACAUAGCUUAUCAGACUGAUGUGGGUGUAAAAGUUGUAGAUUUCACUGAAGACUCACCUCUAAAAGAAGCAAGAGGAUUUAAUGUAGGUGAUGUAGUUACAAGUAUCAAUGGAUGUGAUAUAAAAAAUGCAAAUGAUUGGUCAUAUUGCCUUCAUAUAGCUCAUGAUCGCUAUGGAAUUUGUACAAGUGCUGAAUUCAUUGCUCAAAAUGAUGAAAUAAUGAUGGAGACUGUAAAAGAAAAUGAUGUAGUAGAAUGUUGUAGGAAAGAUAAUUUAUAUAGUUUCUGCUUUGAGUACAUGGAGCCAAAAGUGGUUAUAGAUUCAGUAUUACCUGGUCAAUAUUCUUGUUUGAAACCUAGGGAUAUGGUGAAGAAUAAAUUGGCUAAAUGCACUGAAUCAAAUGGUUACAGCUGCCCUCGUAGCAUGCAUUGCUUGAAGCCAUCGUUAAAUAAUCACACAUACUUGAUAAUCAUAGAGAGAAAGGAUGACAAUGCUGUGUUGUAUUUAGGUCUUCCACAUGACUUAUACGAGACAGUAAUAAUUGAUCAAUACUUUCCUAGAAUAUCACUGAUGUCAUUUUUUUCACCCUCACACCUGGAAAAGCUGUUAAGAUACAUUUUCAUAUUCUCAAUGGGUAUAGCAUUUUUGAAUGUAGUCCCUUGCUAUGGAACUGAUGGUCAUCAUAUAGCAAAAAGUCUUAUACAAACUUUAGCUAAGUAUCUGAACAAGAAUGGUGAUUUUGUGACAUUUUUCACAGUAUUUACUGUAGUGGUUGGGACAGGUGUUACAAUACCAAUAUUGAUAUACCUGUUUUAUAAAGAAAUUUUUGUAGGUAAUUAG